AUGAAGUUCUCAUCUAGGUAAGUUGAAGACAUUAUUAUAAUACCGUAGUAUGAUUGGUGGUCUCCAACAGGACCCUAGGGUUCUCUUCAUAAAUUUAAUAAAGUCAGAGCAAAUUUCAUUCGCAAAAACUUGAUGAACGAUGCCAUGCCUAUUGAAACUUAAGAAGAGUAUUUCAGCAAAUUCAGAGUACUUGAUAUUGGCUGUGGAGCUGGCAUCUUGUCUGAAAGUCUUGGUAGAUUAGGAAUGGGAAGUGUUACAGGGAUUGACCCAACAGAUAAAUGUGUGGAAUUAGCAUAAGCACAUCUGAAACUAGAUGCUGAUCUUGCCAAGAAAGUAACAUAUAAAAAUACUACAGUGGAAGCACUAAUAGAUGAGAAAUUUAACACAAAUAAUAACCAAUCUCCACAUAAAGAUGAGCUUUAUGACUUGGUGUGUUGCUCUGAGGUCAUUGAGCAUGUCAAUGAUUAGCAAGAAUUCUUGAGAAAAUGUGCUAAACUAGUCAAGCCUGAGACAGGGUACUUCUUUCUUUCAACUAUUGCCAAAACACCAGAAAGCUAUUUCCUCACGAUAUUAAUGGCUGAGUAUGUUUUGAGAUUGGUACCGAAAGGAACGCAUGAGUGGAAUCAAUAUAUUAAUGUUGAGGACAUUGAAGGUGCUCUUUCUUCAUAGGCCUUUAGAACUGUGGCUAAAGCAGGUGCAAUGGUAACUAAUCCACUGACUAUGGAAAUGGAUGAGUUUCCUAAUUGGUUAAGAGGAAAUUAUAUGAUAUUAUCUAAGAGAUUAAUUUGA